AUGGAUCGUGCCCCGGCAGCAUAUGAGACUACAUAUGAAACUAGGUACGAAACAACAGACGUUUCAUCAGUCAUCAACGUUGGUUUCGUACGGAGUUUAAGUGGAAUAUUGAAGCUUUGUCAAAUUCUACUGAGUUGUAUUGUACUAAUUUGUGUCGCUGCUACUUCAUACUGGUCAAUUCACUCGUCCGGUGGAUGGGUAAAUUUCGUUGCAGCUACCACUUUGAUAUGUGCAUCAGUUUUCUACAUAUUUUAUCUAUUCAAUCUUAUCAGGAAAUUGCCAGGUCCGUGGAUUAUAAUUGAGUUUUCUGUGCUACUGAUAUGCACCUUCUUUUGGUUUAUAACGUUGAUCGUUGCAGCGGCUCAUCACUCGAAUGGUUCUGGUGCUAUAGCUGCGGCUGUAUUUUCAGCGAUCGCUCUUGCGGUUUACAUCACAGAACUAGCCACUCGAUUCCGAUGUGAACGCAGAGGUAAUGGCUUCAUCAUCACAAUGACUGGUGUAAUGACUACACAUGCAACACGUGGUCCGCCUACAUUUGCUCAACCAGCUCCAGGACAUAUGCCAGCUGAUUCAGCAGAUCCACAUAUUGGAUUUUCAGGAGCUUAUGCACCAGGUGAACGUGCAGAUGAAGGUUAUAUAAUGCCAUAA